GCUGGGACGUAUUUUGUCGACCUCUCGGCCAAGAGCCCACUAAGCCCGGUUGUGUCAGCUCCGCGAUUUCGCUUCGUCACAGUCCUGCAGAUUCGUUCGCUCGAGCUCAGUCUGUCGCCAGCCUCGCUGCUGGUCGGUCAGCAGGGCAACCUGAUCGUCAGGCUUGACGGAGUGACGCAGAACGCUCUUCUGUGCGUCUCGGACGGUGUUGAUCGCGUUUUCUUGCCGCUCGGCCAGUCUGCAGCCAACCUGAGCCAGUGCCAGUCGACCGGCGACCGGCCGGCCGGGCAUCACAGCCUCUUUGAGACUGGUGAAUUUUCGGUACCGAUCGUCUUCACGAAACCCGCCGUCUACAUGGUGAAUGUGACGGUGGUGGACCCCGAGGCCGUGGAAAAAGUGGUCAGAAGUUGGACUUCGGUGUCGGUCACUUCGGCGGCCUGCUCUCCUCCGAAGGUCGUCCUCACGGUUCCCGGCCUCAACGGCCUGAACAGUCCGGAAUUGCCAGUCGUCUUCUCGAGGCGCCAAAUGAUCCAGAUUACUGCCAAGGUGGACAUGAUGACCUGUUCGCCGGAUCAAGCUGUGUCACAAGAAUGGACUAUCGACGCUAUGGACGAGGCGACGUUGGGUCCUUUAAGUCUAGCCGACCAUGCGGCAAUGGAAGCUGCCAUCAACCAAUUGGCCAAACAGGGCUUCAACCAUUUAACUUUGAUGCCUGGAACUCUAAAGCCUGGUCUUUAUCUGGUCAAGCUGGCUGUGAAUCUGAAAAGCGCCUCCAACACCACCGACCAAGACCGACCCUUCAUGACAGGUUCCGGCAGUCUCUAUCUUCGCGUAACACCCAGCCCCCUGGUGAUCCGGUUCCGGGAAGACGGGGUUUCGAAAGUGGCAUGGAGCAGUACCGAGGCUCAGGCCUGUCUUACGCCAGACCUCUAUUCAUAUGAUCCGGAUCUGCCCGACAGAACAGCCGAUCAGGUACCACUUUUUUGA